UCGCAAUAUAGCUUUCUCGGAAUUUAAAAUCCUAAAAUUGUUUUCUUCAGUCCCUCCUAUAACUCAUCUCAUCUUAGAAUCAUCGUAUCCUCAUCUACGCGGAACCCACCUGAUUCCCACCUCAGCCCCGGCCAUGGUGUCGCCGACAACCGCGGCCAUCGUCACCGUCUUUGUCCUCUUCAUCUCCGCCGCCGCAGCUGCAACCGUGUACACCAACCAUACCGUCGGCGGCGCCAAUGGUUGGUUCUUCAAUGCCACCACCAACACUUCGGCCGCUAACUACUCUGCUUGGGCUGCUAGUCAAACCUUCAACCUUGGCGAUUAUCUCAUCUUCAACACCAAUUCCAACCAGACCGUGAUUCAGACUUACAACUUGACCACAUACCAAAAUUGCACAGCAGAUGAAUCCGACAAUGGAACCUUCGUGUACAACGGUGGCGCUUCUCGUUUCGGCGAGGCGUUGGACAUCGCUGUUCCGUUGACCAUAGAGGGUCCCAACUACUACUUCUCAGACGCCGGCGACGGCGUCCAGUGCCAACAAGGUAUGGCCUUCGAAAUCAAUGUCAAGCACGGCCAAGGCCUGCCCCCAAGUCUCAACCAGCCCCCGCCGCCGCCGUAUAUUGAACCUCCGGGUCCCAAUACGGCAGAUUCUCCGCCGAUUACGGUGGCGCAGUCUCCAAACAACGCGUUCACUGCCCAGGCUAACGUGCGCCAGGUGUUUUGUGGUCUUUGUGCUGCACUGCUAUUCUUUCUAUUCCAUUGACUUGGGAGCAUUAUGAGUGAUGUUUGUGGGUGACUUGAAAAUUAAAAUAUAAUAAGCAUGCUUCCUUUUUUUGGCCAGCAACAGGCUUUUUUUUAUUUUUUUAUUUUUUUGGGGAUUACCUUGUGGCUCCUCGUGAUACAUUUGACAGUUGCUCAUCACAGAACUUGUGUACUGGAAUAUUUAUGUGGGCUUGUAUGUAUUCUCCUUUAUUUUGUCGAAAAAUUUCACUAA